AUGUGGCGGUGCUGUGGCUGUUGCUCCCGCAACACCCCAAACAACCACUUCCAUCCCACCAUCCUCUACCAACCACCCACCAUGUUGCUCGACGAGGACCCUGGCACGCUGAUCCACCACACCAUCGGCAAUUUCAACAUCCACCCCGAUAAACAAGCCGUCACGCGCAUCAAUGACUCGCUCUCCACGCUGCAGCAAUCGCGCGACCUGCGCAUUCGCGAGGCCGAGUCCUCGCUGCGCAAGUUGUCGCGCCACUUGCACUCCCUGAGCGCCCAACACGAGGAAGCAGAGGCAGUGCAUGAUUCCGGCAAGCAUGCAGCCGAGAUUGUCGAACUAGACACCAAGAAAUUCCGCAUCGCCAAAGCCGCAUCCGAGCUGGAGAUUGAAAGUGAGCGUCUGGAAAGUGAGCUGGAAAUGCUGAAGGAGAGGCUCGCCGACCUGGAGGCGCAGGGAUUGGAGGGCGACGAGGCGACACGGCGCGAACGUGAGAUGGAUGAUGCGACCAUUCUGCGGCUCAAAAUCUUCCGCUCGCUCGGAAUUGACAUCGAACCCGACGAGGCUGGCAACUUCAAUCGCGCGGUCAUUCGCAACAGCCGCAAGGGCGAUGUUCAUGUCGUCAACAUCGAUCCGAAAUUCUCCCGAUUUUUCUAUUCGAACUACUUCUGGUCCACGAUGCAAGGGUAG